AUGAAACGGGCAUCUAGUAGUACCAAUCAAUCUAAGAGACAACGUAAAGAGAAGUCAAAGAUUUGCAUACGAAUCCCUCUUACGGAAAAAUGGUGUACAGUGAUACUGAGCAACGGUGAUCGGUUCUACUAUGAUAAAGAGAGAAACGAGUCUUAUUGGCAGAUACCCGAGGGAAGAUCUGAUGAAGCGGAGAUGAAGGUGAAUGAAUUGUCCAAGUAUAUUAUAUUGAUAGUGGGUAUAGUGCGAGGUCUUGAUUAUGAGAGGUAUUUGAAGAGGCUGGAGGGUGGUAUGGAAGUUAUUGACACGGUGAAGAAGUUGAUCGGAUGGAAGGAGGAAGAGGAAGAGAAAAAACCAGAAGAAGAAGAGGAGGCAUUAGAUCAAAGACAGAUGCAACAAACAGUUGGAUUGGAAGUUGGUUACUCUAGUGAAAGUGCGAGUGAUUCGGAUGAUGCGGGUGCUGCAGGUGACGCAGGUGAUGCAUAUGCAGGUGAUGCAGAUGACGCAGGUAGCGACACAGAUGAAUAUGCUUUGGAUUUGUCCGAUGUAGAGGAGCUUAUUAGUGAUACAGAAGCUACAGAUAGUAAGGAGGAUUCUCUGCAAUCUCAAAACUUCUUUGAAAUGCUUUCCAGGAAACAUGUUGAUCCUUUCUCUUCUUACGACUUGGAGAUUGAUACAUUUUAUACAGAACCGGAGUUCGUAGCAAUCGAGAACGAUUCCAGAAGGGCUGAAUUGUUUGAUGCUUGGUCCCAGAAACAGCAUAAAGAGACAGAGCGACCGUUGAUCAAUGCCAGUGAAAACUUCCUUUCUUGGCUCUCACAGCUUUCCAAAGUGCCCAAGUACUACUUUGAACUAAAACGUAACUUUAGAAAAGAACUUAAAGAGUUUAUGAUGACGGAUGCUCAGCAAAAAAAGCUCUUCAAGCAGUAUCAGAAGGAUCUACACCAAUGA